UGUUACUAAAGAAGUUAAACCCCUUGCAGCAAAACUUGGUACAGGAAGAACACACUUGGUGACGAAGGCUACAGCUGCCCCAGGGACCAAAAAACCUGUCAACGAUGAAAAAGUACAAAAAAUUCACAGCGUAGAGGAGUUCGAUGAAGCACUUAAAACUGCAAACCAAGCUUGUUGUUGUAGAAUAUGCAGCAAGCCACAGUUACCAUAGCAGUCAAAUCUACCCUUUUAUGGUAGAGCUUAGCAGAACCUGCAACGAUGUAGAUUUCCUCCUUGUGAUGGCAGAUGAAUCACAGAAGACUAGAGAGCUUUGCAAGAGAGAAAAAAUUGAAAAAGUUCCACACUUCAGCUUCUACAAGAGCAUGGAGAAGAUUCAUGAAGAAAAAGGGAUUACCCAAGAUAAGCUGAUGGGAGAUGUUUUAUACUACGGUGAUAAUCACUCUGCUGUUGUGCAGCUGCAUCGCAGAGAAGACGUGGAGAAGUUGAUUGAUGAUCAUAAAGCUGAUCACAAGCUGAUUGUUCUUGAUGUGGGGUUGAAGCAUUGUGGGCCAUGCGUGAAGGUUUACCCAACGGUGAUUAAGUUGUCAAGGCAGAUGUCUGAUACUGUGGUUUUUGCUCGCAUGAACGGUGACGAGAAUGAUAGCUGCAUGCAGUUUUUGAAGGACAUGGACGUUGUUGAGGUGCCUACUUUCUUGUUCAUCAGAGAUGGUAAGAUUUGUGGAAGGUAUGUAGGAUCUGGCAAAGGAGAACUUAUUGGAGAGAUUCUUAGAUACCAAGGAGUUCGUGUUACCUACUAGAGUAUAAUUUGCAAAAAAUCAAUCAUUUGUUUAAGGAACUGAGAUUGGAUAGAUAAAAUUUAGUUAUCAAAACCAUGAGGUAGCCAACAAAUUCGGACAGGGAAAAUACAUGUAGCCAUAGAAGUAAAAGGCCCUUGAACUCGAUUCCACUUGUGCUAUUCUGACAUGGCUUCUGUCGAGGAAGUCCAUGUCUAGUGGUAUUGUAUACAUUGUUGGCUAUUGUCAAUUUGUUUUAUAUCUGUACCUUUUUUUCCAUCCUUUGAUCUUGAAUGUGGCUAGUUACUUUUACUUGAAUCUAAGGGAUAAAAUGGUACUGCUUAA